AUUUAACUUGCAAAUUAUCAUGCGCUAAACAGCCAAAGUCAAACCCUAAAUACCGAAAAUUUACAACUUCGCGUACAGUCCUCAAGUUGGAUUCCAACCGGGACAGAGAGAGAGAGGAGACAUCAAAACAUUGAAAGAAGCGGAAGAGUAGCACUGCAUUCGUUAGUGGUAGAGGGAAGGCCGAGCUGGAUCACCGGAGUUUAUAAUCUUCAUCAUCAACAGCCAUGGAUGCUAUAAGGAAACAGUUGGAUGUGCUGAUGGGAGCAAAUCGAAACGGCGAUGUAAGCGAGGUGGAUCGCAAGUACUUCGAUCGUGAUGUUUGCCGUCUCUUCCUUGCCGGCCUAUGUCCUCACGACCUAUUCCAACUCACAAAAAUGGAUAUGGGUCCAUGCCCAAAGUUGCAUUCUUUGGAGUUGAGGAAAGAAUAUGAGGAUGCAAAAUCAAAGGGACUUGAUAACUAUGACCGAGACCUGGAGGAUGUUAUUGACAGGCUGAUUGUCGAGUGUGAUAGGAAAAUAGAAAGAGCCAUCAAACGGCUUGCUGAAGAGGAUGCCAAAGCUGCUGUUGCCAUAUCAGUUUCUGAAGUUACUCAAACAGAAGAGGUUAAUGAACUGUCCAAGUUGAUUAAGCAAAAGCUAAAAGAAGCUGAUCAGUAUGAUCUUGAAGGCAAGACAGAUAUGAAAAUCCAUGCUCUUGAAGAGAUUGAAGAACUCAGAACCAAGAGAGCAGAUAAGCAGGCAACUCUUUUGUUGGAUGCCUAUAACAAAGAUCGAGCAUCUCUACCUCAGCCACUUCAAAAUCCUCCACAUUUAGCACCCUUGCCUGCUGCGGUGUCUGAUCCUCGCAUUCAAGAAAUGAUAAAUGAGAAACUAAAGAAAGCAGAAGACCUUGGUGAGCAAGGGAUGGUUGAUGAAGCACAGAAGGCACUAGAAGAGGCUGAAGCUCUGAAGAAGCUCCCAGCACGGCAGGAAGCAGUAGUUGAUUCCUCAAAGUACUCUGCUGCGGAUGUACGCAUUACUGAUCAGAAGUUGCGUGUUUGUGACAUAUGUGGAGCAUUUUUAAGUGUUUAUGACAGUGAUCGUCGUUUAGCUGACCAUUUUGGAGGAAAGCUCCACUUAGGUUAUAUCCAAAUCCGAGAGAAGCUUGCAGACCUUCAGGAAGACAAAAACAAAAAACGAAAAUCACACGAAGAAGAGAGAAGAUCUAGAGAACGAAGUAGCCGGGAGCGUGAAAGGGAACCAAGCAGGGAUCGAAGUGAGAGUCGCGGUGAACGAGGGAGGGAUUAUGAUCACAAGAGCAGAGAGCGUGAUAGGCGGCACCAUGAUGACCGUAACUAUGAUAGGGAGAGGGAGCAUUCACGCAGCUAUGAUUCUAGGAGCAGCCGGCGCAGAUCAAGGUCGAGGUCCAUCGAACGUUCAAGAUAUCAUGACCGCCACAGGCGAUAUUGAUCUCUAGAGUGUGAUGCAAGCUGCUGGUCGUAACCCAUCCAGUGAUGGCUAGAAAGAUCUGUACUAAACCUUAUUCGUUAUAAUAAUGCUACUGUAUGUUAUACUGAAGACUGUAGUAUGGGGAAUACGUUGAAAGGCUAUUUCUGAUUUUUGCGCUGUUAUUUGGCUCAUGUAGACUCAUAACAUACCAAUUGAGUGUUUGGGAUUACUAAAGUGAUUUUUAAUGAUUUUAGAAAAAAUGCUUGAUACUCC